ACCAAUGUGGUUAAUCAAAAUAUACUUGAAAGUAUAUUAAUUACAAGUGAUAAACAAGUAUUAGUUUGGCAAGCUCAAGAUUGUAGUAGAGAUAGAGUCCGAACAAAUGAUACAGUCAUGCAUCUUAUCAAGCAGCAAGAAAAUCCGGAUAUUACUUUUCUUCCAUGCUUUGCUCAUCAAGCUAAUCUUUGCGUGGGAGAAAUAUUCAAAGAAUCACAAACUUAUAAAGAAACUAUGAAACAAGCUAUACAAAUUGCUACUUAUUUUAGAAGCAAAAAUCAUAUUUAUUUUUCUGUUUAUGAUAGCAAUGAAAAUUCUGAUUUUUUUAGACAAUCAAGUUUUAAUGAAGAUAUAUUAGAACUGCCAAUUCAUAUUUGUGAUUCAGUUAAUAGUAAUGAUUUUUGGAAAAACUGCAUAUUAAUUAAAAAGCUACUUUUGCCAUAUUGUGGAUGUUUAAAUAUCCUUCAACGUGAUGCUGCAAAGUUGUAUAAU